ACCGGAAACUACCGAGUCUGACCCGAGUUCUUUCCAGUGGGCGCUUUGGAGUCAGCUGGAGCUGGAGCAAUUCUGGCUCAGGAACCACCGAGAAACUUCCCAGAGCAGCUGUGAGGCUGCCAGUGUCUGCUGCUAUACUUGUCUCUUCACACUUCUUCUGCCUCUUCUGCUCUCUUCCUUCCUGGGCGCUGAUCGAGAUAAGCAAGCGGAGGUGGAGAUGCGAAGUGGCUGCAGAGUGUGCCCUGGAGCUGGGGUCUGCAGCCCUGGCCUGGGGUCUCCGCAGAGGCCCCCUGGUGUGUCUCCCUCACACCUGUCUGGACAGCCAGGACAGAGGUGCCAUGGAGGCCCCACCUCCACUGAAGGUCCCCAAGACAACAUGCCUCCCAAGAAGCCGGAACCUAAGAAGGAAGCCCCCAAGCCUGCCCCAGCCCCUGCCUCGGCUCCUGAGCCCCCCAAGGAAGCUGCCUUUGACCCCAAGAGUGUAAAGAUAGACUUUACGGCUGACCAGAUCGAAGAGUUUAAAGAGGCCUUUUCAUUGUUUGACCGGACCCCAGCGGGGGAGAUGAAGAUCACCUACGGACAAUGUGGGGACGUGCUGCGCGCCCUGGGCCAGAACCCCACCAAUGCCGAGGUGCUGCGUGUCCUGGGCAAGCCCAAGCCUGAAGAGAUGAGCACCAAGACGCUGGACUUCGAGACCUUCCUGCCCAUCCUGCAGCACAUCUCCCGCAACAAGGAGCAGGGCAGCUACGAGGACUUCGUGGAGGGGCUGCGCGUUUUUGACAAGGAGAGUAACGGCACCGUCAUGGGCGCCGAGCUUCGCCAUGUCCUGGCCACCCUGGGAGAGAAGAUGACGGAAGCUGAAGUGGAGCAGCUGCUGGCGGGGCAAGAGGAUGCCAAUGGCUGCAUCAACUAUGAAGCCUUUGUCAAGCACAUCAUGUCUGGGUGAAGCAGGCCCGCCAGGUGUCGGCCCUUACCCUUGGCCCUUGGGGCAAGUGGCCAGAGGCCGGAAAGGCUGAGCUGCAGCUGGAGUCCCAGGCUUGUCGCUGCUGCACCUCGGGGGCCCUCAGCUCACCCUGGAAAUAAAUGGCUGUGGCUCA